UUGACGACACACAAAGCCAUCUGGAUAAAUGUUUUCAUCCAAAAACUUAAGUGAAAACAAAAGCAGCCUUUCUGAUCGAACAGAAAAUGUUUUAAAAUUUCUUGUUUAUUUCGGUAACAACCUGCGUAAAACACAUCAAAACAGAUCAAGGAAUGGAGUGCGAAAAGUGCGACACCGAUAUCAGAGAUGUUGGGGACCUCAAGCAGGAUGCCACCACCCUGGAAAUGGAGCUCGAGGAGGCUCUGUCCUCGAGCAGUGCAGAUGACACUCCACCGGGCAUGAUUGUGGUGGAGACGCGUAUCAGUAACUGGGAUUUGAAGCCCCAUCAGUCCAGCGACAAGGAAGUCUCCAUUCUUGAACCAGAAGUAACCGAAACACCCGCCUGCUCUGUGCCCUUGGGCCUGAAGUCGACUGUCCAUUUCCAAAAGGUGCCGCAACCAAGUCAUCCGAUGGUUAGCACCGAAGCCGCCUUGGCUGCCGCCAAUUGCUCCACCUACGGACCACCCACGCCUCCGCUUAAACCCAAGUGCAUAGUCAGUGGCACAGAGUCCAUAGCCACGUUGAGGCAUUGCAUCGAUGGCACCACGCAGUGCAACAACCUGGGCCUGGGAUACGAGUCCGUGUCUAACGAGUCUAUGCCCUCUGUGGGAUCGCUAGUCUGUCGCAUUUGUCACAAUGCCGAUAAUCCCGAACAACUCGUGUCGCCGUGCUUGUGCAAAGGCUCCCUGACAUAUGUCCAUGUGCACUGCCUGGAGCGUUGGAUUAGCACCUCGCGAUGCACCACCUGCGAGCUGUGCCAGUUCCAGUACAGCACGGAGCAGACAUUGCGGUACACCUGUCUGCAAUCGCUGCGCCUGUGGUAUUCGCGGGCCAUGAGUCGCAGGGCUUUGCAGGAGGAUUGCCAGAUGUUCUCGCUGCUCACCCUGGUGGCCUUUGGCAUUAUUGGCACUCUGCUGGUGGGCAUCCAAUACUACGCCAUGAACACUCACUCCUGGGGUCUGAGCAAACUGUGGACCAAGUCAUGGAUGAUGUUCUUUCUGUUCAUGACGAUUACUGUGUACUUUGCCAACAUUUACAUGCUGAUCAAGUCCCAGCUAACGCCUUGGUAUCGCUGGUGGCAAUCUGCUCGUGAUAUCAAGCUAAUCCUGGAGAAUCGCCGACCCUUCCCUAAUCCAAGUCGCCUGCUGCGAGCUAUCCAAUUGGAAACGGCCUCGACUACAGCCUCCAUGUUCACCCACCACGAUCACCUCGAAGUGCCCGCCCAGAACACAUCCUUAACGGUCAGUUCGAGCGACGAUGAGCCAGCGGAUGAGAAGGCACCACAUAGAUGGGGCGCCCGCCUGGAUAGCGAGGUUCUGGCCGCCGUGGUGGCAGCCACCGUGCAAUCAAUAGCUGACGCCAGUGCCAGCGAGUGCGACAAGAAGGAGCAGGAGCAGGAAGAGCUGGAGCAAAGGCAGAAUCAGCAUCAUCAGCAGCAGCAGCAUCCUCAGCAGCAACCUCAACCGGAAGGCCUCUACUGAAAGGCCAAUGACAAAUACUCUGGGGAUGUGAGAACGGGGACUUGGGCUGGACAAGUAAUUAAGGCUCAAGGGCAAGGAUUUUGCUUGGCUUUCGCUGUUUGCGUGUCAUUUGUUUAAUGUAGUUUCAAUGCUUUUAAUGAACUUUUCCCAAUGAGAGCUUGAAUUAAAUGGGUAAACUUGA